UAGUUGUCAACCACCACAAAACUGACAAGGACAUGAAAAUGACAAAAUUUACUCCUUUUCCAUUCAUUGGCUAGGUCAUUUAAUUGGAUAGGUCGGAGAAAACAGCUAACUAACUAGAUUUUGUAACAUUUAAGUACAUAUUCAUUGCUAUAAAUCGAAGGACCAAGAUGCAAGAAGACUGGUUAUAAAUCAGUCCACCCUUUCGUGUGCAAUGUCUCUGGUUUUCACACGACCUAACCCCAACGCUAUUGGCAAGAAAGACAAAAGACUCAUGGCGGAGGUGAACGCCAGCCCGCUCAAGCACUUUGUCACGGCCAAGAAGAAAAUCAACGGCAUCUUCGAGCAGCUGGCCGCGUACAUCAAAGAAAGCUCCUACUUUCUGGAAGACACCUAUAGGAAUGAGGAGCUGGACCCGGUCACGACAGAGGAGCAGGUUCAGGAGGUGCACGGUUACCUGUCAAAGGUGGCAGGGAUCGGAGAGGUGCUGGCACGCAGACACAUGAAGUGUGUCUUCUUCGGAAGGACAAGUAACGGGAAGAGCUCAGUGAUCAACGCCAUGCUGUGUGAUAAGGUGCUCCCCUCUGGGAUAGGACAUACCACCAACUGUUUCCUGCAGGUGGAGGGGACAGACGGCAACGAGUCCUUCCUGCUCACAGAGGGGUCAGAGGAGAAGAAGAGCAUCAAAACGGUGAACCAGCUAGCCCAUGCUCUACAUCAGGAUGAGGACCUGGAUGCAGGAAGCCUGGUGUGUGUCAUGUGGCCUAAAGUCAAGUGUGCCCUGCUUAGGGACGACCUGGUGCUGGUGGACAGCCCCGGUAUUGACGUCACGACAGAGCUGGACAGCUGGAUCGACAAGUUCUGCCUGGACGCCGACGUCUUUGUCCUGGUGGCAAACUCUGAGUCCACUUUGAUGCAGACGGAGAAGUCAUUCUUCCACAAGGUCAACGAGCGUCUCUCCAGUCCAAACAUCUUCAUCUUAAACAACCGCUGGGAUGCCUCUGCUUCGGAGCCGGAGUACAUGGAGGAGGUGAGGAGGCAGCACAUGGACCGCUGCAGCAGUUUCCUGGUGGACGAGCUGGGUGUGGUGGACCGGGCCCAGGCCAGCGACCGCAUCUUCUUUGUGUCUGCAAAGGAGGUCCUACAGGCUCGCGUUCAGAAGGCCCAGGGGAUGCCAGAAGCAGGUGGUGCUCUGGCCGAGGGAUUCCAGGCCAGGAUGUUUGAGUUCCAGAACUUUGAGAGGCGCUUCGAGGAGUGUAUCUCUCAGUCUGCGGUGAAGACCAAGUUUGAGCAGCACACUGUGAGGGCCAAGCAGAUCUCGGAGACCCUACGGCUCAUCAUGGACUCGGUGCACGUGGCGGCUCAGGAGCAGAGGAUUCACUGCCUAGAAACCAGGGAGGAGCGCCAGGACCGCAUGGAGUUCAUCGACAAACAGCUGGACCUGCUGACGCUGGACUGCAAGAGCAAGAUCAAGAAGAUCACAGAGGAAGUAGAGCGACAGGUGUCCAACGCCAUGGCAGAGGAGAUCAGGCGACUCUUUGUGCUGGUGGAUGACUUCCACAUGGACUUCCAUCCGUCUCAGGUGGUGCUCAAGGUGUACAAGAACGAGCUCCACAGGCACAUUGAGGAGGGCCUGGGCAGGAACAUGUCUGAGAGGUGUUCCACAGCCAUCACCGCCGCCCUGCAGUCCACCCAGACAGAGAUGAUCGAUGGUCUGAAGCCCCUGCUGCCAGGGCCGGUCCAGGAGCAGGUGGACAAGCUGGUGCCGAGGCAGCAGAUCUUCACCCUCAGCUACGACCUGGCCUGCGACAAGUUGUGCAGUGACUUCCAGGAGGACAUUGGCUUCCACUUCUCCCUGGGCUGGACCAUGCUGGUCAACCGCUUUCUGGGACCCAAGAACACACGACGUGCCCUCAUGGGCUACAACGACCAGGUUCCUCGGCCCAUGGCCCUCACCCCGGUCAGCACCAGCAUGCCCCCGUUCCCCCAGAACUCCAUGACCCAGGAGGAGCUGAUGGUCUCCAUGGUGACCGGCCUGGCCUCACUCACCUCCCGUACAUCCAUGGGCAUCAUAGUCGUCGGUGGCGUGAUCUGGAAGGCAGUGGGCUGGCGUCUGAUUGCCCUUUCGGUAGGGUUGUACGGCCUGCUGUACGUGUACGAGCGCCUCACUUGGACCACCAAGGCCAAGGAGAGGGCCUUCAAGCGCCAGUUUGUGGACUACGCCAGCGAGAAGCUGCAGCUCAUCGUCAGCUACACCGGCUCCAACUGCAGCCACCAGGUUCAGCAGGAGCUGGCCGGCACCUUUGCUCAGCUGUGUCAGCAGGUGGACGUGACGCGGCAGAACUUGGAGGAUGAGAUCACCGACAUGAACACGAAGAUAGAGCUGCUGGAUGCGCUGCAGAGCAAGGCUAAAUUGCUCCGGAAUAAGGCUGGCUGGCUGGACAGUGAGUUGAACAUGUUCACCCAGCAGUACUUGCAGCAGGGCCGGUAGAAGUGACCACUGACCGGCCGUGAGAUGAACCGUGGAGAGAACGUUGACCGCGAAAAGACCACGACUGUUCUGUGUUAACCCGAGGGAGUCCUCGCUACCUAGACAAUGGGGUCGGGGUCAAUUUGGUUUUCAAUGUGGUCAAAUCAGGAAGUGAACUGAAAUUCAAUGGAUGAAUUUGAAAAUGCCGUAUCGUAACAAAAUACAACAACAGAAAUUGGAAUGGCCUGAAAAUGAAUUGACACCCAACCCUGCUAGACAUGGACGACCCCCUUCAAAUCAUUCACUCUCUCCUUUAGGACGUUUUAGAAUAUUUUUGUUGCACUCACAUUAAUUUAAAGAUAACAUCUUUUAUCAGUACAUUUUAUGGAAGAGGAAUUGAUUUGAUACCAAAUACAGCCAUAUGAUAUGUUGUCAUGCGUUGCAAAAGAUGUUGCAUAUCGUUUGUGUACUUGAUUUGACGUUACAUGCCUUUGAACACAGAAGAUGAUUUAAGUGCCACCCUGAAAUGAUGGCAAUCUGAAGGUAGUCACACACAAAAAAACUAAACCUUUUUGUUGUAAAUACCAGGGAACAUCCAAAAGUGCAGCAGAAAUGCAAAGUGAUUUAUUCCUAUAAGCUUACUGUACCACGGUGUGGUGGUAACUCUAUAUUCAGACUAUGAAAUGACACUGGCUAUAUGAAAGAGCGUAGACUAGCAUACUCGGUGAUGGAGGCGUUAGUCCGUUCUGAAUGCACUCGCAUGCCUUGGGGUCGUGCACUGUAUUAUGUCCUGCUUGCUUUCUUUGAUUUGUCUGCUGCUCCGUGUAAAUCAGUGUUGGACAGAGUGGAUCACGCUCUGUCCGACCUGUUGCCUGUAGCAAUUCAGCGAUCAUUGUUGAGAAGUUGUAGCGCUAAACAAGCAGUCUAAACAGCUAAGAUACUAAACAACCCUUUUGGGCUUUAUAAUAAUUUACAAACAGGCUUCUAUUUAAAAUGACAAAUGCAAAUGAACUACAAGUAAGGAUCUUUUAAAAAAAGAACUUUCAGUGUGUGGUCAUUGAGCCUGUGCUUUUUCAUCAUAGUGACUCUAAAGGAUCGUUAUAGUGGAAACAUCACCAUUUAUUUAUCAUGAUCAAACCUCUGCACCCCAAAGCCUUGCUUCUUAGCAGGUGAUAUUUUAGAUGGCGAAAGGUACAUGUACUUGCUAUGUUGGCAUAAUCCUUCUUUCUCUUUUAAAUAUGAUAUUCAUUGAAAGGCCUAUUUAUGACUUGUAAAUGUCUCUCAACCUUAAUGUCUCUGAAUAGUGUCACUAAUGGCAGUUGUCCUUCAGGUAUAUGUCUGGCUGUGCGCGCGUUGGGUCGUGGUUGUGCCAAGGCAGUUGGAAAGUGGUCUGGAAUGUUCUGAAUGAAAAUGUGCACUUUAUACUUUGCUGCUUCUGUUUUCAUUUUUUGUACUUGACAAUUUGGCUUUUAGUUUAUUCCCCCCUAGUUACAAAGCAAAUACUAUGUUGGAUAGAUGUUUGAGAGAUUGUAAUGUGUAAACUUGCAUGCAGUGAUGACUGUAAUUUUGUCAUGUUAACCAUUCAUGUAAAAAAGCUAGUUAAGUGCAUUAAAGAAGUGUUGAUGAAGAAGAAUGAAAUGUGUAUGGAGAAGGUGUUCAUUGUAUUUGGCUUAACCCUUCGAGUUGCAGGGAUCUGCGUUAUGGUGGAAUCGGUGACUUGUAUUGAUUAACAUUAGUUUCAGCUCAGGGGAGCAUAAUUGAAUACACAGGAUAAUGACAUUUACAGUCCAAUUAGCUCCUUUGCUUUAAGAUAAAUUUUUAUUGGCUGUAAAUCACAGUAAUGAGUCCCCUUGCACCUGUCAGGAGCUGGAUAUGGAAAUAUAGUGCUUAAUUAAAGAACUAUAGAAUUUAAAGUGAUUUAAAGGACUUAUUUAAAUUGCUGUUGAAUGUAAUCUAGAGAGGGACAAGUUUAACCAAAUGUAUAAUGUUACUAAACCAGAGAGAAUAUUCUAUGGUAUGGUGCGAGUACUUCAUAUGUUUACUGAACAAAAAUAUAAAUGCAACAUGUAAAUUGUUGGUCCCUAAUUUUCAUGAGCUGAAAUAAAAGAUCCCAGAAAGGUUCCAUAUGCACAAAGGUUUUCUCAUUUUGUGCACAAAUUUGUUUUCAUCCCUGUUAGUGAGCAUUUCUACUUUUCCACGAUAAUCCAUCCAUCUGACAGGUGUGGCAUAUCCAAAAAGCUUAUUAAACAGCAUGAUCAUUACACAGGUGCACCUUGUGCUGGGGAGGGUAAAAGGCCACUCUAAAAUGUGUAGUUAUGCCAUACAACACAAUGCCACAGAUGUCUCAAGUUUUGAGGGUGUGCAAUUGGCAUGCUGACUACAAUACUGUCCCCCAUAGCUGUUACCAGUGAAUUGAAUGUUCAAUUCUCUACCAUAAACCGCCUCUGAUGUUGUUAGAGAAUUUGGCAGUACAUCCAACCUGCCUCGCAACCCUAGAUCACAUGUAACCAUGUCAGCCCAGGACCUCCACAUCUGGCUUCUUCACCUGCUGGAUCGUCCGAGAGCAGCCACCCAGACAGCUGAUAACUGAGUAGUAUUUCUGUCUAAUGAUGCCCUUUUGUGGAGAGAACUCAUUUUGAUUGGCUGGGCCUGGCUCCCGUGCUCAGCAAUGUGAAAUCCAUACAUUCAGGCCUAAUUAAUUUAUUACAAUUGACUGAUUUCCUUAUGAACUGUAACUCAGUAAAAUCAUUGACAUUAUUGCAUGUUGCAUUUUAUAUUUUUGUUCAGUAUAAAUUCUAGGACUGACUGGCCAUUCACUUUAGCACCUAAUAAAUGAACAUUAACUUUGUCUCAUCAAACAUCA